GCACUAUAGUGCCAUUAAAGUGAGUCAUCCUUCAGCAAAACUCAGAAAAAAAAUCCCGCACCGAGCAGAAGGAAGUGCUGUGAGUCACGGGUAGGGACGGAACAGGACCGAGGGGCGCACCAGCACUGAGCUCAUUCCACAAAGAGUACUGCAGCAGCAGCAGCGGCGCGUCCCCGGUGAGACUGGACUCGUUCACGGGAGGAACAGGCGGCAGUCCGAUCUCAGCCUCCGGAUACCAGAAGUACAGAGUUGACAUGCCUGGCUCGAGCAGUGCCUUUAUUCCAACCAUUAAUGCCAUAACCACCAGCCAGGACUUGCAGUGGAUGGUUCAGCCCACAGUCAUCACAUCUAUGUCUAACCCAUACACGCGCUCUCACCCAUACGGCCUCACGGUGCCCAGCGGUCCCGGCCUCCUCGGGCACACAGCCCUCACACGCCCUGGGGUCAUCCGCUCCAUUGGAGAUGCCCGAGGACGACGCAAGAGAGAUGAACAGUUAACACCAGAGGAAGAGGAGAAAAGGAGAGUGAGGCGAGAAAGGAACAAGCUGGCUGCUGCUAAGUGCCGUAACCGUAGGAGAGAGCUGACCGAAAUGCUGCAAGGGGAAACCGAGAAGUUGGAGGAGGAAAAGGCCGAUUUGCAGAAAGAGAUCGAGCUGCUCCAGAAGGAGAAAGACAAGCUGGAGUUCAUGCUCGUGGCCCACAACCCGGUCUGUAAACUUCCUCCAGACGAGCGGCACCAGAGCUCCCUACCUGAGCAGUGCGCCCCCCUGCCGCUGACCACCAUGCGUCCCAACCUACCGCCCCGGUCUGCGCUGAACUCCCACAGUUCCAUCGUGGUGAAGCAGGAGCCCGUGGAGGACGGCGAGGAGCGGGAGCAGGUCAAGAGCCAGCAUUCGGUCAUCAAGCCCAUCUGCCUGGGUGGAGGGAUGUACUGCUCAGACGGAGACAGCCUCAACACCCCCGUGGUUGCCGCUUCCACUCCGGUGUCGACCCCCAGCAACCCCACCCUCAUCUUCACCUACCCCAACAUGCUGGAGCCCGAAAGCCCUUCGCCCUCCUCCGAGUCGUGCUCCAAGGCCCACCGGCGCAGCAGUAGUAGCGGAGAUCAAUCCUCAGACUCGCUCAACUCACCCACCCUGCUGGCUCUCUGAGAAACACAGCUCAGCGCUCGCUCUUUAGCCCUUUCAGCUCAGCACUCUUAAACAACAGGUCCCCUACACGGGACGGACCCGGAACCUCAUCUCUACGGAGCCGAGAACUCUCAAGGGCUACCUUGCUCGUCUUAUUUAAACACCUCGAAAAGGGAACUGUUUUUUUUUUCCUUUCUUUCUUUCUGAUUUUCUUUUUUUGUUUUUUAACCAUUUAUGCCCACCUGCCAUUUCAGCUACAAAGAACAACCAGGACUGAAAACGUAAGAAUCAAAUGGUGAGAAAGACAAGAGGUGACCAACAGUCUGGGGCGGAAAAUAAAAGUAUUUCCUGUUUGUUCACAAAAGUUCGAGACGUAUAAAAGGGAUGGAGGAGACACGCGGAUGUUUGUGUGUGUGUGUGAGUGUGAGAAACGUCACAUCCCUGUUCGGUACACGGUCUGCGAUGGGACACUACAGAAUCAAGCACAUGUCUUCAAAACCAGCGUGACAUUUACAUGAUUUUGUCUUUUUGUAUUUAUGAUGUGUUCAAAUUGUCCAGGUGUAUAUUGUGUCCUGCUGUUUUAAAAAUGAUGUCCCGGGUUCACUGGUUGAGCCUGAAAUUCCUGACAGAAAAGAAACAACCAUGUAUUAUUAAAGGCUGACCUCUUCAACUCGAUCUCUACCUGGCAUGUUGCAAACCUUUACAUUAUGAGGGUUUUUUUUCUAUGUAUAUUAAAACAAAAACAUACACACAAGUUAAUGUCAGGGAUUUUUCUUGUUGUUGUUGUUGUUGUUGUUGUCUGUGUGAGCGAGUCACACGAGCAUUAAUGAAAGCAAUCAAGUCAGAACACAGGAGUGUGUACCUGAGGACAAACUCUAGCCAUAUUCGGUUCAGCCUCAAACCCUUUACACGGCAAUACUGCUUUAUCUUGGGGCAGACACUGUGGUAUUAAAACGGAAACGAUGACUUUUAUAAUGUACUUUUACGGCUUGAUCUGUAAAUGUCUUUUUUUUUCUUAUUUCUUUUUUUUUUUUUGGUGCGGAGUUGCGCCCGAGACACGACCAAGCCAAACGGGCGCUCGUCCCACUGGUUCGGCCUCGAUGCCCAGACACGAGACCAGAUGCACUAUUGUUACUGCACUCUGAUUUUAAAAGAAAAGAAAACGGCAUUCCUCUUACAGUCGACCUUUAACAGGACAGUGACUGAUGCCCGAGUGGACCGGAACAACGAUAAUCCCUAAAAAAAAAACACGUCUCAUUUCUGGUUGUGAAGAACGAAUAAUCAAUUGCAAUAUUUCUGAGUAAACUGUUUACUAUAAUUAAACAUUCCUUGCUGUGGUGGGGCGGGGUAGGGCGGGGUAGGGCGGGGCCGCGGAGACCUCUCCUGAUUGGUCGCGAGACUGAAGAGAACAAAAUGUUGACUUGAAGAUUUGAAGGAUUGUUCUUUGUCACUUAUUUAUGUCGGGGAUUUUCAAGCAAGUGAUGUUUUCAAGUGUUUUAAAGUGGGAGGUUAAUGUGGAAAUCAAUACAAUACCAAAAAAAGGGAGAAAGGGAGAGAGAGAGAGAGAGAUAAUGAAAUAAAGUGUGUAAAGACUGAAUUGUAUCCAGUCUGCCUGUGAGUCCUUAAACUAUAUAGAUCAAGCCAUCUUUCAGCCCUCUGUACAUGUCCUGCUUUCCGACCAACAGUUUCUCUUUUGUAAUUGCUUUAACUGUUUUAAAGACAGAAAAACAAUGACAAAAAAACAGCAAUAUGUAUGUCAGUGUUUGUUCCUUUGAUUAUUUAAAUGGAUUAUUAUUAUAAAUAAUAAUAAAACAUGCAAAUGGUAUUCUCGAUAGUUGUAUUUUUCUUGUCCAUAAACUUUUUUUUUUUUUUUUUUUUUGGAUUAUGUUGGUGGGUAUCUCAUGCUUGUUGAAGUUCUUCUUCUUCUUCUUCUUCUUCUAUUAAGUCGCUCUGUAUUUGGAUGAAUGCACCUCUCUCAUCCAUCACAUCCUAAGUAGGCAAUAACACUCCACCGUUUAUUUUAAUUUUAUUUUUUAAUUUAAAUAAACACAGCCAUAUGCAAAUGUGCACUACUUAACACAGCGACGCAUUGCCAGUAUUGCGCAGUUCGUCACGAGAAAAUAUUUGAACAAACAAACAAACAAAAAAAAAAAAGAUUUUUUUGAUCUUUAUCGUUUCGCUUUUCAAAUCAAUUCGAGUGCUUUUGCGAAGAUUUGAUGCGAGGAUAAAAAUUUAUUUUAGGAUGGACCCGUAUCCAUGGGCAGAACCGAACCGGUGGGCAAGGUGCAUUCAAUACCUGCUAUUAUAUCAUAUUUUUUAUGGAUAUGAGUGGAUGACUCAGUAUUUCACCUGAUGAAAUGAUGUAAUAAAUCCUGAUUCUUUACUUGGUUCACAUGGUGUUAGGAAUGUUUGAAACAAAAACAAAACAAAAAAAAAUAUUCAAAGGCUUUUGCAGUUGUGUGUGUGGAGCUGUAUGUGUCUGUUGUGAAAAGGUCUUACUUUUAA